AUGUUUUCACUUCGACCGCUGCAGCGUGCAGCGCCUUCACCUGUCCGCAUCUGUUCAAGUUGCCUGCGGAGGUACUCCAUUGCUUCAACAGUACGACAAAAUGCUAGUGAGAGACAGAAGAAGGUGAUAUUCUCGGGAAUCCAGCCUACCGGAGUACCACAUUUAGGAAACUAUCUCGGCGCACUGCGACAAUGGGUCAAGCUUCAAGAUGAAGCAAGCCCAGAUACUACGCUUCUCUUCUCAAUAGUUGAUCUGCACGCAAUUACCAUAAAACAGGAUCCGAGCGAGUUGGCAAGAUGGAGGAAAGAGAUGCUGGCUAGUCUGCUGGCAGUAGGUCUGGAUCCAAGGAGAUGCAUAAUCUUUGCGCAAAGCAGUGUCAAGCAGCAUGCGGAAUUGAUGUGGAUUCUGAGCUGUGGCGCAAGCAUGGGCUACUUGGGACGGAUGACCCAAUGGAAGAGCAAACUCUCACUCCCAUCCAAUGCCUCCCCUCUCGACCCCUCGAAUAACAAAGACGCCCUCAAGCUUGGCGAAGACCAAGCACAACAUCUUGAGUUCACGCGAGAACUAGCCGCCGGCUUCAACCACGUUUACUCCAAAUCACAGCCUCUGUUGACAGUUCCACAAACACUUCUGAGCCCCGCGAAACGAGUCAUGAGCCUGACUGAACCAACAAAAAAGAUGAGCAAGAGCGACCCGAAACCGAAGAGCCGCAUCAUGAUAACAGACUCAAAAGACGAAAUACACCACAAGUUGAAGACUGCGCUGACUGACUCGAUCGAAGGGGUCAGCUAUAGUCCUGAGAGCAGACCGGGUGUAUCAAACCUAGUGGACCUCAUGUAUCAUUUUGAUGAGUCGCUUGCUGUGUCACCGGAAGAUCUAGCAAAUGACCUCAAAGAUUUGAGUAUGCGGGCGUUGAAAGUGAAGGUCGCGGAUACCAUUGAUACAGGCAUUAGCGAUAUAAGGCAACGGUAUGAGGAGUUGAUGAACGGAGAUCAGAAAGAACUAGUCCAGUAUGCGGAAGAAGGCACACAAAGAGCAGAGAAGAUUGCCGAAAGCACUAUGCAGAGGGUAAGAAGCGCCAUGGGCAUGGCAUGGUGA